CUUUGACCUCUUGUGCUGUCCUUCCAUUGUUUUGUGAAUAUACCUUUCCAUAUGCUUUGGGAUGUUUCUUGUAGAUUUGCAGCAAAGGGAAUUUUCUAAAGCUAAAUGAAGAAACCAAUGCAUGAGUUUUGUCUUCGUUUUGUUUGUCUGUCAAAUUUAAUUCGUUAUUUAUUAGUUUCUUGUUCUUGACUAUGCAUAGAGCUCAAAUGGCCCUCCAUGGAUCUUUGAACAGAUAUCUUUCUGAUGGAACCAUAUUCAAUAAUUCUACUCAUCCUAACUAUCUUGAACCUUUCCUUUAUUCAUGGCCAGAAAACUUGUCCGGUCUCCUUCUGCGGCGGCAGCGCGACGCCGAUCCGCUACCCUUACAAGAUCGACGGCGAAAUUCCUCCCCAGGAUGACUGCGCCUACUUCAACCUGACCUGUGCAGCUCAGAGAAUCUGCGCGACGAACCUUCCCAUUCCGGCCGGGAGCUUCUGCGUGCAAGAUAUCGACUAUUUGAACAAUCUCAUCCAGCUCUAUGAUCCUGGAAAUUGUCUCAUCGGAAAGCUGAUGAUGAUGAACUUCACAUUUGAUUCUUCUCCUUUCCGGCCUGCGCCGCAGCAAUACUUCACCUACGCGUUCUACGCCUGCGCCUUGAAUGCUCCGGUCUUGCUGGCCUCUCGUGUUUAUCCGCUUGGCUGCUUGAGCAAUUACACGCACGUUACUAUAGCAACUCGCAACCUGUCGAGUUAUCUUUUGGGAAGUAGCUUUGGGUGCACGGCCAUCGGCACCUGGCCCAUCCCGGUUGGCACGCUCCCACGGCAGUUCGUGGACGACGAGGGAUCCGUCUCUAAUGACUUCUUCUUGUUCUUGACAUGGGAUCUCAUCCCUGUCUGCAAACAUUGUGAAGGCAUUGAUGGCCAAGAAUCAGGUAAACGGGGAGCAAGGCUAAUGGCCAAAAUAAUUGCAAUAGCCUUAAGCUUGCCUGCCCUUAUUGUAUUGGCCUUAAGCUGUUGCUCUGUAUUUUGCUUGCACUUAUUGAGGAUGUUGGAAAACAAACGCCGAGCCGAUUCAUCCGGCGCCAUCGAAACACCUCAAGCCACCACGGCGCCACAGCUGCCAACAGCCAUUGUCGCCGGACUUGAUGAGCUUCAAAUCGAGGCGUGCACAAAGAUAAUUUCUUUUACUGAAACCAGAGAAGAUGACAAUAGCAUCCCAAAUGCUCACUCUAACACAACAUCGACGUGCUCCAUAUGCUUGGAUGGUUACAGCCAAGCGAACAGAUCAUCAGCGAGGCUCAUCGACAAGUGUGGGCAUUACUUUCAUGAAAGCUGCAUACGACAAUGGCUCGGGAAGAAUGGAUCGUGUCCGGUUUGUCGAACUUCUCUUGCAGACAAUGCGUUGUAACAAAAUUGAGGAAAUCAAGAAAAGAACAUAUACAAAAUAACGAUAAUUCGG